AUGGCCCUCCACCUCCCCAACAGUAUGCAGGCCACUACAGCCCUGCACCACCACAACCACAGCCUGGUUACGCUUCUAGACCCGGACAAAGCCCUGGUGCAAGUUUUUCUCACAGAGACGGCAGGAAUACCUCCGCCGCAGCAGCAUGGUGCCUACAGUCCUCGGAUGAGCGGACCCCCAGUUCCUCCGUCCGGUUUACAGCAUUUUGGCGCGGGCGCGCCUCAGGGUUAUUCGUUUCAGUAUUCCAACUGUACCGGCCGUAGGAAGGCCCUUUUGAUUGGCAUUAAUUACUUCGGCCAGCGUGGCCAGUUGCGAGGUUGCAUCAACGACGUUCGCAACAUGACGGCCUACUUGGCGGAACACUUUGGCUACAGACGAGAAGACAUGGUGAUUUUGACAGACGAUCAACAGAAUCCUAUGAGUCAACCCACAAAACAAAACAUUCUCCGUGCAAUGCACUGGCUAGUCAAGGAUGCCCGUCCGAACGAUGCGCUAUUUUUUCACUAUUCUGGCCACGGCGGUCAGACAAAGGACUUGGAUGGUGACGAGGCGGACGGCUAUGACGAAGUUAUUUACCCUGUCGACUUUCGACAAACCGGUCACAUUACAGAUGACGAAAUGCACCGAAUCAUGGUUCGGCCGUUGCAAGCCGGCGUGAGACUAACAGCGAUUUUCGAUUCGUGCCACUCUGGAACCGCUCUUGAUUUGCCGUAUAUCUACUCAACCCAGGGCAUUCUCAAGGAACCAAAUCUCGCCAAGGAAGCUGGCCAAGGCCUACUUGGCGUCAUAUCUUCAUACAGCCAAGGCGACUUGGGAGGAGUUGCAAGCAACAUCAUGAGCUUUUUCAAGAAGGCCACCAGCGGAGAAGAUGCAUAUGCUCGUACCCUCGCCACCAAAACUUCUCCUGCUGAUGUCAUCAUGCUGUCCGGUAGUAAAGAUGACCAGACAUCGUGGGUCUACCUGUUUCUUUUUGCAUUCCCCCAUGCCCUGCAGAUAGCUGCCUGGUUUCCUUUUGACGGGAUAAGGAUGCAGUUAGCUGCAUCUCGCUCACCUCCGCCACCGCCACCACACGAAGCGACGCGCGGGGACUAG